GCCCAGACAAGGAUGUAUGUGUGGGUUCAGCAGCCCACAGCACUUCUGCUCCUGGGACUCACAUUUGGAGUUGCAGCCAGGCUCAACUGUGUUGAAGAUACCUACCCCAGUGGUCACAGGUGCUGUCAUGAGUGCCAGCCAGGCAAUGGUAUGGUGAGCCGCUGUGAUGGCACCAGGGACACUGUAUGCCACCCAUGUGAACCUGGCUUCUACAAUGAGGCAAUCAAUUAUGAAAACUGCAAGCAGUGUACACAGUGCAACCAACGAAGUGGGAGUGAACUCAAGCAGAAUUGCACACCUACUCAGGAUACUGUCUGCCAGUGCAGGCCAGGCACCCAACCUCGACAAGACAGCAGCCACAAGCCUGGAGUUGACUGUGUUCCCUGCCCUCCUGGCCACUUUUCUCCAGGCAACAACCAGGCCUGCAAGCCCUGGACCAAUUGUACCCUAUCUGGGAAGCAGACCCGGCACCCAGCCAGUACCAGCUUGGACACAGUCUGUGAGGACAGAAGCAUCCCAGCCACACCACUCUGGGAGACCCAGAGCCCUACAUCAAGGCCAACCACAGUCUGGCCUAGGACUUCACAAUUGCCCUCUACACCCACCUUGGUGGCUCCUAGGGGCCCUGCAUUUGCUGGUUUCCUGGGCCUAGGCCUGGGCCUGCUGGCUCCUUUGACUGUUCUGCUGGCCUUGUACCUGCUCCGAAAGGCUUGGAGGUUGCCUGAUACUCCCAAACCCUACUGGGAAAACAGCUUCAGGAUCCCUAUCCAGGAGGAACAGACUGACACACACUUUACUCUGGCCAAGAUCUGAACAGUACCUCAGGAGUGGGUUUUAUGGAGCAUGGGCAACCCAUAUCCUGGUGCCUGCCAGUACCCUCCACGCCGUUCUAGGUGCUGGGCUGGCUCUGGGCUCUCCUAUGUAUGCUAUGCAUACUACCUGCCUGGUGGUACCACCAAUAAACAUGCU